AUAUUUGAUAAAUGUCAGGAUUACAACAGAAAACAAAAAGCAAUCCGUUUUUAAAUGUGUUCAAUAUCAAAUGCUGAAUCUUAUUAUUAUUCAUCCUCAAGAGGGUUUGUUCAAAUUAUGUUUUUUAUAAAUAAUCUCAAAGCACCCCAAAAGUCUGUAUGAGAUUAUAGAGUUUUUAAACAAAAAGCUGAUUUGCAAGAAUUUAGAGUCCAAUUGUUGGUGACAUCAUCAUAAAUAAUAAGUAUUGAAUACAGGGUUUCUGUGUGGUUAUGUCACUGUCAUUCCAGAAGAGUUCAGAUCGUAUUUCUUUAUUUAUUUCUCUGAUGUGUCAUUGGCCGGUGUGGACUCAGCUGGACGUCUAGCUGACUUCUUAAGGAGCUUCAGGUCUCUUUUUUCUCAUAAUGCCUCACAGUAAACAUCCUAAUCUCUGACAACAGUUUUGGAUCAUUUUGGUUCCUUUUUCUUUUUUUUUUUAAAUCAACUUUUUAUUUUUGAAGACAUGGCACUUAUCUCCAGGACAGGAACCAGCAUGCAUCCUAAACCAGUCGUUUAGGUGUUUUGGGGGGGAAUUCAGCCCAUUUCAGACUCGGCUUUGCAGACCCUAUAAAUGCCUUUCAGUGAGAAAAGGCUUCAAAGGACGUUCAUUGUUGUGAAUGAAUAUAAGCAACAAGUAACUUGACAUAAAAAUGGGUAAUAAGCAAACAAUCUUCACAGACGAGCAGCUCGAUGCUUAUCAGGUAAGGUGGUUUCUUUUCCCUUAUGAUCUGGAUGAAGGUAAGAUUUAAUUUGAUUAACUUAAAUCAUCUGAACUAAUCCUUUUUUUAUUUAUAACCAUUGGAAGUGUGAUUAGUUUGCUGAUACCUAUUAGUAUUGCAAAUCAACAAGACUUUUAAGCCAAAUAAAUUUACUAUAUAAAAGGAAAAAUCAAAAACAGUUUUUUUGCAUUUUAAACAAACUGAAGGUUUGACAUUCACUUAUGGCUUAAAGGCAUCUCUCUGUGUGGUUUCAUUAGUAUGCAUAUCUUCAACUGAACCGGUUCAUCAUGUGAUCAGGUGUAGGCUUAAUUAUUGAUGCCAAGUCAGUGAUAUGGUGUGACACUCUACUCUCAGGACCGAGUUUGGUUCUCAAGAGCCUCUCUUGUUACUGAUACGAUCCUUUAAAGUCUUUUUCAACAUUUUUUUUUAAUUCAUAGACCUGAUAAUGCAAUAUUUGGUGCUACAGGAAGCAUUGAUUUGGUGUCUUUUAAUGGCUGAGGUAAAAAUCUGAAGUAUUUCUACACAACUCUUUCUUUAUUAGCUUGUUUUGUGAAAGAAAUUAGUUGCAUAAACUGUGGCAAUAGUUUGUUUACACACGUGUAGCUCAUCAGUUGACUGCAGUGUGCUUUUUACACCCAGGAGUGCAGCUCAGACAGCUGAAAACAAAGGCCAAAUGUAAGCUGGCGUGCCUCGUGCACGUCUGUUUGAUGAUAUGCCAACACAGACAUGUCAGACGACAGCAGAUCAUGUUGCUCCAUGUACUCACAUAGAUUGUCGUUCCAGGGAAACAAAACACCUCGAUCUGCUUUUUCUUGUCAUUCAUGGAAACAAUAGUGUCACUGAGAGAUCCCUAUAACAGAAUUGUCCAAAAGUGCCACUAAUAAUCUUUGCUUUACAGAUUUUCGCUUCACACAUUGAUUUUUCUCAUUGCAGGACUGUACAUUUUUCACUCGCAAAGAAAUUCUACGGUUGCAUGGUAGAUACCACGAGCUGGCUCCUCAUCUGGUUCCUAUGGACUACACAACUGAACCGGACUGUAAGAUACCGCUGGCAUUAAUAGUCAACAUGCCUGAGCUAAAGGAAAAUCCUUUCCGCAACAGGAUUGUGGAGUCAUUUUCCGAGGACGGGAUGGGUAACCUGAGCUUCAACGAGUUUGUGGACAUGUUCUCAGUUCUCAGUGAGACGGCGCCGAGAGAACUCAAAGCCAUAUAUGCCUUUAAAAUUUACGACUUUAAUGUUGAUAAUUUCCUGUGUAAAGAAGACCUCGAGAAGACUCUCAAUAGACUGACAAAGGAGGAGCUGACUCCUGAGGAGGUGGACCUGGUGUGUGAGAAAACUAUUGAGGAGGCCGAUCUGGAUGGAGACAGCAAACUCUCCUUUGCUGACUUUGAAAAUAUGAUAACUAGGGCUCCAGACUUUUUAAGUACUUUCCAUAUUCGUAUCUGAGAGAUGGCGGACGGUGCUCCAACCACAGCACCAACCAUACCUCUCCAGCCUCUGCCCAGGAUGCCCCUCACUCCCACCUUCAUUCAAGCAGAAUGGAACAGAUAUACUUGACCUACAGAGACUCUUUAUACUGAAGUCAGUUCUUGUGCACCAAAGUUUGCUUAUGUAAUACUUUUGUCUUCCAGUGAGUCUUCCUGCAAUAAAUACUUGAUAUUUAGUGUUUUAGGAUUUUGGAUGAAGCUUGAAGUUAAAGUUGGAACAGCACUGACAGCGAUGAUCUCUGUGAGUUCUCUGUAUGAGUUGGAGCUGUUUCUUUUUACUCCAAUAUGACAACAAUCAAACCUCACUGUUAACUGGUUGCUUUUAUCUUUAGCCAAUAUUAUAAAAUGUUUUAAUAAAAGCCAUUUUUGGAUCAUAGUUUUAUAUUAAAUGUCAAAGUCCUCUAUUACA